AUGACCGUGGGUGGAGUAAGUGAGUAUGAACAGGUAAAGGUGUGCGUCAGUACUGUGCGUUUUCGUCAGCUUAUACUAUAUCGGACCCCUCAACACAUUUUGCAACAGUUGCGACACAGUUGUUGUGGAUUUAACAAUACUAAUCUAGACUGGAUAAUGCUGAAGAAAACGCAAGGCACGGCCGACGUGGACGCGUCGCGCAUUCUUGUGAAGGGGCCCGAGUUUUUGAGAAGACAGAUGGAGCGAGAAAGCGAGGCGAAUAAAGGACGAGUCAGUGCGGUGGAGAGGCUGGCAGCCACUAAACCUCAAUAUGUAAAAAGCCAACAUGUGGUCAGCAUCGGGUCUGCCUCCGUAAGCAGUCAAGGGUCUUCAAACGGGCACGGUUCCCCCGCAAAUGUUGGUGUUAAGGACAUACCGUCGCCUGAAGAAGACAGCAAUGUGGUAAGACGUAGCAGCUCGAAGAAACGACCGGACUCGAUUUUAUUAUACAGACAGAAGUGUGAACUCAUGAGAGGAUUGCCUGGCGGGAGGAGAUUGAAUAAAAAGUCAUUAUUCUCUCUUAAAGACAAGAAAAACGCAUUUUCCGAGGCGCGUGAAUCUGACGUUGAGGUAAACGACAGAAAAGAGCGUGCGCUUUGCGCCACACGUGAGGACUGCGUGAAAGAGUCCACUUUACCCAUGCCAGGACCUCCUCCUCACAGGAUAGUCACUAGAACCCAAGAGCAGGAGCAUAAGAGCCGGAGAGGGGUGGCGCGCUCCAGCUCUGACAUCAGCUCACGCUAUUCGAAAAACUUCGCGGACUUUGACGUAUUCUUCAAAUUCUGCGGGCUCGAGGGUGACGUGAUUGAUUCCAUGGGCAAAGAGAACUUUUCCGCGCGCUCUGACGACCUCAGCUCCAGAAUCCGGAGCAUCAGCGUCUCGACGUCAGAUGACGCAUUCUCGAGGAGCAGCGACGGCCUGCAUGAGGGGGAAUUGCUGGAGACUGUCCGUCAAGGGUUGUCAGUUGUCGAGCGCAACGCUCGGAUCAUCAAGUGGCUUUACAGCUGCAGAAAUGCAGCAGAGUCGGGAAAGGUUCUUCGAGAUCUGGAUUAAUGGGUCAUAGCUGCAAACGUUUUUUUUUUUUUUUUUUUUUUUGCUCAACGCAUAU